AUGAUGAAUAAGGGAAGAGAAGGCAAAGGAACAGCACCCUCUACAGAUCUGUUAGUAUGUUUCCCAUCUCGAACUCAUUUUCGUUUAAUGCCCAAGGCCAUUUGCAGCCCCGUUAGGCCUUUAGAGCCUAACAAACGCCACCGCCACCACCAGCGUAAGAGAUCAAUCUCGAGAACGGGUGGUGGCGGCGGACAAACGAAUAGUCCUAUGUUAUGGACUAAAAACAAGUCAACUGGCUCUGAGAAUUCGGAGCCAACUUCUCCAAAAGUUACAUGUGCCGGACAGAUCAAAGUGAGGCAUAAAAACACUGCUUCAAGGAGUUGGCAAUCUGUGAUGGAAGAGAUUGAGAAAAUUCAUAACAACAAGAAGCAAAAGAAGCGUCUAAAUUGGGCUGAAUCUCUCGGUUUCAAGAAGGAGAUUAUGCAUUUCUUCACUUGUUUACGAGCAGUACGCUUCGACUUUCGUUGCUUUGGAUCCUUCUCUGGAACCGAUAUAGUAACAGAAGACGAAGACGAAGACGAUGAAGAAGACGAAGACGAUGGUGAAGAUGAAGAUAAAGACGAAGUGUAUUCCGAAAACGAUCAAGUUGGUGUAGAUGAGAAUCACAACGACAACGAAUCAUCGAGGGCCGUGUUCUCGAAAUGGUUCAUGGUACUACAAGAAGAUCAAAACAAUGAAGUUCACAAAGAAGAAGAAAAGAAAGAGGAAACCGGUGAUGGAGAUGGAGAAAUCCCUGUGCCUCCUCCAAACGCAUUAUUGCUCAUGCGUUGCAGGUCUGCUCCGGCGAAGAGUUGGUUGACAGAAAGUGAAGAAGAAGAACAUGGAAAUAAUAAUGAAAAGCAAAACAAUUCACAUAAAGAUAAAGAGAAAGAGAAAGAAAAAGAAAAAGUAUUAGCACAAACACAUGCAAAAAAGGGACAAAGUUUAAAGUCAUUGAUGGCGGAAGAGAAGAUAAACAAGAAAGAGAAUUUGGUAGUGAUGAGAUAUAAUCCUGAUUUUUAUGGUAUUUCAACUGAUGUUGCUGCAGAGACAUGGAUUGUUGGUGGUUUACCAGAUCCAAUAUCAAGGAGUCGAAGUUGGAAAAGAUGA